AUGAAUGCUCCUGGAGAUAGCCCCAACAUUGAUGGCAUUUACAUCGUCGACUCGACCAAUAUCCAGGUUGCCAAUUCAGUCAUCGGCACCGAUGAUGACUACAUCUCCAUCGGCCUGAGCUGCACCAAUUUGACCAUCUUUAAUGUGUUAUGCGGCCUAGGCCAUGGCAUUAGCAUAGGUAGUCUCGGCAAAAAUGCUGGUGAGAAAGAUGUAAUCGGGCUGAACGUGAGUAAUUACAAUUUUACCGGUACAACAAAUGGAUUGAGGAUUCAGACAUUGCAAUCUUCUCCAUCUAGGUUGAAGGCCACUAAUUUCGUCUUUGAACACAUCAUCAUGAAUAAUGCCUAUAACCUCAUCAUCACAAAUCAGAAUUAUUGCCCAUCUGCUAACUGUCCCAAAAAGGAUCAUUCUCUAGUUAAGAUCAAGAAUAUCAAGUGCAGAAAUAUCGUGGGGACCUUUCUCUCGCCAGUAGCUUAUAAUCUAGUGUGCAGCGAGGUUGCUCCAUGUGAGGGCGUGGAGCUCAGUGACAUCAGCUUGAAGUACAACGACAACGAAAAGCAACCCAAAAAUGCUUCUAUUUGUGUUCAUGUCUAUGGUAGCUCCAAUGGCAACGUGAAACCUGACCCGUGCAUCUGA